GACAGGAGGAAGCUGUGCGUCACAGGGCACUGAGCGGGACCCUGGCCGCGCCUGGCCAGCUCCAGGACAGACCCGCACUCCAGCCUCCAGCCCUCAGCGCCAGCUCCGUGGCUUCCAAUGAGACUCCUCCCGCUUCUAGUGGGUUUCUCCACUUUGUUGAAUUGUUGCUACACACAAAAUUGCACCAAGACACCGUGUCUCCCAAAUGCCAAGUGUGAAAUCCACAAUGGUGUGGAAGCCUGCUUCUGCGGUGUGGGGUUCUCUGGAAAUGGCGUCACGAUCUGUGAAGAUAUAGAUGAGUGCAGUGAGUCGGCUGUCUGCGGUGAUCAUGCUGUAUGUGAAAAUGUGAACGGAGGAUUUAACUGCUUCUGCAGGGAAGGUUACCAGACCUCCACCGGGAAGUCGCAGUUCACGCCUAACGAUGGCUCUUCCUGCCAAGAAAGCGUGAGUUCAAAUUGCCACUUGGAGCCUGCCUGCAUUGCUGCAAAUGUUAACAAAACCUUAAAAAGAAUUGAACCCAUAAAGGAGAAGAUGGCUUUACUACAAGAAAUUUACAGAAAUUCUGAGGGCGAUCUCUCACCAAUAGAUAUAGUCACAUACAUAGAGGUACUUGCUAAAUUAUCCCCACUACCUGACUAUGUGAACAGCACCACUUCAUCCAAGGAUGACCGUUUCAAUUCAACCCUUACUGAAUUUGUAAAAACCAUCAAUAAUUUUGUUCAAAAGAAUACACUUAAAAUUUGGGACCAAUUACCUACAAAUCAUAGACGACUUCAUCUCACAAAACUGAUGCACACUGUUGAGCAUAUCACCUUAAGAAUAUCUCAGAACUUCCAAAAGACUACUCAGUUUGAUACGAAUUCUACUGAUGUGGCUCUCAAGGUUUUUGUUUUUGAUUCAAAUCAUGUGAAGUAUGCUCAUCCCCAUAUGAAUGUGGACAGAGGCUAUGUAAAGAUAUUCCCAAAGAGAAAAACUUCAUAUGACUCAACUGGCAGCGUUGCCAUUGCAUUCUUGUGCUAUAAGAGCAUCGGCCCCUUGCUUUCCCCAUCUGAUGACUUCUUACUGGACCCUCAGAAUAAUGAUAAUCCUGAAGAAAAGGAAAAAGUCGUUUCUUCAGUGAUUUCUGCCUCAAUUAGCUCAAAUCCACCCACACUGUAUGAACUUGAAAAAAUUACAUUUACACUAAGUCAUGUAAAGGUCUCAGAUAAGUACAGGACACGCUGUGCCUUUUGGAACUAUUCAGCCGAUGCCAUGAACAACGGCAGCUGGUCAUCUGAGGGCUGUGAACGGACGUACUCAAAUGACACCCACACCUCAUGCCGCUGUAGUCACCUGACACACUUUGCAAUUUUGAUGUCUUCUAGUACCUCCAUUGGAAUUAAAGAUUAUAAUAUCCUGACAAGGAUCACUCAGCUUGGAAUAAUUAUCUCACUGGUUUGCCUUGCCAUAUGUAUUUUCACCUUCUGGUUCUUCAGUGAAAUCCAAAGCACCAGGACCACGAUUCAUAAGAACCUCUGUUGCAGCCUUUUUCUUGCUGAACUUGUUUUUCUUGUUGGGAUCAACAUCAAUACAAAUAAGUUGGUCUGCUCUAUUACUGCUGGCCUGCUUCACUACUUCUUCUUAGCUGCCUUUGCCUGGAUGUGCAUUGAAGGCAUACACCUGUAUCUCAUCGUUGUGGGAAUCAUCUACAACAAAGGGUUUUUGCACAAGAACUUUUAUAUCUUUGGCUAUCUCAGCCCAGCUGUAGUUGUUGGAUUCUCAGCAUCCUUAGGAUAUAAGUAUUAUGGUACCACCAAAGUAUGUUGGCUGAGCACUGAAAACAACUUCAUUUGGAGCUUCAUAGGCCCAGCAUGUCUAAUCAUUCUUGUUAAUCUCUUGGCUUUUGGAGUUAUCAUAUACAAAGUUUUUCGCCACACUGCGGGGUUGAAACCAGAAGUUAGUUGCUAUGAGAACAUAAGGUCUUGUGCCAGAGGCGCCCUUGCCCUCCUCUUCCUUCUGGGUACCACCUGGAUCUUUGGGGUUCUGCACGUGGUACAUGCUUCUGUGGUGACAGCUUACCUCUUCACAGUCAGCAAUGCCUUCCAAGGGAUGUUCAUUUUCUUGUUCCUAUGUGUUUUAUCUAGAAAGAUUCAAGAAGAAUAUUAUAGAUUGUUCAAAAAUGUCCCCUGUUGUUUUGGCUGUUUAAGGUAAACAAAGAGAAUUCCUGAUAAUUAUAGCUCCAAUGAAAUGAAAACUCAAGCUUCAGAUAACCCAUGUGGAAAAGGCAACCCGUUCUUUCAUUGUUAGUAAUUAAUUUCAAAUUCAUGUUUCUGUUCACAGUAAAAAGGAUAUAGUUAAUGUGAGAUAAAAUUAUGGACCAGAGAGCUACAGUGUGUUUUCCUACAUGACAUAGUUAGAUAUGUCAAAAAUAGUACUGCAGAUAUUUGGAAAGUAAUUGGUUUCUCUGGAGUGAUAUCACUGUGCCCAAGGAAAGAUUUCUUUCUAACAUAAGAAAUAUAUGAAUGUCCUGAAGGAAACCACUGCCUUGAUAUCUUUGUGACUCAUGUUGCCUUUCAAACGAGUCCCCUACCACCUUAGUAAUGAGUUCUGUUGCAGAAAGGAGAACAUAAGAGAGUUGGAGGGGAGAAUACAAAGCGCGGAAGAGAGCCUUUCUGACGAGGAAUUGUCAUCCCAAUAAACUUGGCUUUCUCUCAACUUGAUGAGAAAAUUUCAAGAUAAAAUAAUGGAAAAAAAUACAACCUAGCAGUUUGGGAAUUGGCCUGAACUUAAAAACCCAGACCUAAAUUUACUGUAUCCAUGUUCAUUUUUACUAUUCUAAAAGAAAACAAAGAAAAAUCCCUACAAUGAAAUAUACAGAAUGUAUGUUCUUACAUUAACAUUAGAUUUGAGUGUAAAAUGUUUUUUUAUUCUUCAUAUUGAGACUUCAAAUGUAUAGUCAGUAAAGUGCAAAUUUGUCAAGCUAUAAUACUGUUUAUGCCUGUACUGCAGAUAUAGAGUGUGAAGUAUUUUGUCUACAAUAUUUUACUGUUGUGAAAAUUAUCUUUUAAUAUUAGAGCAAUAUACUUGAAUACUUCAUUGUUUUUAAUCUUACAACUAGUAUAAUUCAUGUUGUAACAAUUCCUUUUAAUUGACAGUUUUUAAGAGGGCAUUGUAAAUUUAAAGUAUUCAUAAAGUAAAUUGUAAUUUUUUUUCUGAUCAGAAAAAUGCACCAUUAAAGCAUUAUUUGUAAUGAAGUCACUGUGUACUGUAGGAGAUUCAUAGUGGAUCUAUUUGCUGACUGUUUGCUACUUACUACCUAUCAAAGUCUAUUUGUUUCA